AUGCAUCCCACGGCCAGCUCGGUGCACAUGGUUAUCGGAUCGCUGUCUGGGCCGACUAAGAUUCCAACCGACCCAUAUUUCUUUGUUAAAUCAGACGAAACAUGUCGCUUUAUCGGCAUGUGUUACGUAGGGAGUAACCUCUGUGGUCAUCCGGGAUUCGUCCAUGGGGGCCUCUUAUUUACAUUAUUCGAUGAUGCCUUCGCCCGGUGUGCUUCGAAUGUCUUUGGCAGUCGUAUAGGCAUGACGGCAAACUUCGAUAUCAGUUUCCGGAACCCGUCUAUUCCAGACCGAGUGUAUAUUUACCGCAGUGAAGUUAUUAAGAAAGAGGGGCGAAAGGCAUGGAUUGCUGGUGAAAUUCGGUACCUGAAUCCUUUCACGGCCAAGGAGAUGCUCCGGCGGCAGGAGUCGACUAACACUGAAGUGAGUGUGGAAGAGAAUGAAGGCACAUUAGUUGCUGAGGCCAAGGCAUUGUUUGUUGAGCCUAGGGACAUUACUUCGAUGGUUCCAUUGUAUCCCAAGUAG